AACCUCAUAAGAGUCAUAGGCUCAUAGGAGCCACAGUUUGAAAUUGGGGCCUUAAUUCACCAGACUAAAACCAAGUUUCUGAAAUCAAUUCCAAAAAAAUUCCGGCGAUGGACGAUGAAAUCUCCGGCGCAGUCCGACGAACGUCGACAAGAUCUCGAAAAGUCGCCACAAAAAUGGCGGCUGCUCUUGCUAGCUCCGAUAAUCGAACUCAGGCGGCAUUAGCUAGGCUUGAUGCUCUGGAAAACGAUAAUGGCGGAGUUGAAACAGUUGAGAUCAACGACGACGAUGAAGCUUCUCUUGAUGAUGACGAAGAAGCAUAUAUACAGAAGAAGCAAUCUAUGAGUAUGAAGCGGAAAACUCGUCAAGGAAAAGCGAGAGAAAUUGCAAGGAAAAAUCCUAGAACGUUUUUGGAGCUAGUUAAUGAGGCAAAUUUGGAUGCCUUGCCCCCUCAUGUACCGAAUUAUUUGAGGGCAGCUGUUGGACCUCCAAGCAUAACCUCUCGUCGUAAUUUCUGCACGGUUUGUGGGUUUAAUGCUAAUUAUACUUGUGUUAGGUGUGGCGUGCGUUUUUGCUGUAUCCGUUGCCAGAAAAUACAUAAUGAUACUCGUUGUUUGAAGUUUGUUGCUUGAUUAACUAAGAGGCUUUGCUGUGCAUAAUAUUGUAAGUCUUUACUCUUUAGGUUAAGUGCUGCAAUGUAUUAUUGUUUGAAGCUUACUAUUAUGUUGAAAUGAAGUAUCUUCAAUUAUUUGAUUUAUUAAGAA